AUGCCUCCCAAAGGCCAGAAAGCGCCCGCGGGCAAAGGCAAGGGAGGAGAAGACAAGCAGGAGGAAGCAUUCCGAGCCAUUGUCCUGGCAGACUCUUUCGAGACCAAAUUCACUCCAUUCACGCUCGAACGGCCAAGGUGCCUCCUGCCACUCGCCAACACGCCUCUAUUGGAAUACACGUUCGAAUUCCUGGCCAGCGCAGGGGUCGGUGAGGUGUAUAUGUAUGCGGGCGCUCAUACUGAGCAAGUUGAGACCUACGUACAAGCAUCGAAAUGGUCACAGAAGUCUUCACCCUUCAGACUCUCGUUUCUCCGAGACGAGACCGCCACAUGUGUUGGCGAUGUCAUGCGGAAUCUGGAUUCUAAGCACAUCUUCGACAAGUCCGCGGAUUUCCUGGUCGUGAGUGGGGAUAUUGUGGCCGAUUACCCCAUACACCAAGCCCUAGCCGCCCAUCGAACGCGACGGGAGCGCAACAAAGAUGCCAUCAUGACUAUGCUACUCCGGGAGGCUCCUGAAGAAGUUCGACUGCACAGCAAAACUCCUUUACCGACGUUUGUGAUCGAUCCUGUCAACGACAGAUGUCUCCACUAUGAGGAGACACCUCCGCACAAGCAAUACAGCGCACACAUAGAAGCAGAAGCACUCAAGCAGCCAGAACUGGACAUACGGCAGGAUCUCCUAGAUUGUCGCAUCGACAUAUGCGCACCAGAUGUGCUCACGCUCUACUCAGAUAACUUCGACCAUCAGUCACCGAGGAAGGAUUUUCUUUUCGGCGUGUUGAAAGACCAUGAGUUGAACGGCAAGACGAUCCAUACCUACAUCACCAGAAGCCAUUACGUUGCCAGAAUUGCUGAUCUGCCAUGCUACGACACGAUAUCGCGUGAUUUGGUGAGCGGCAAAGUUCCGUCCCUCGCGAUUGAGAACAACAUCUUCAGGAACGGUUCAUAUUCUCGGUCAUACGCAGGACCAAUCCUCGGGCAAGGAGUCAUCAGAUCUCGACCUUCGCAGAUCGACAGUGCGACAGUGAUCGGGCCGGGCACGAGUAUAGCCAGGGAUACGAGACUGGCGCGGAGCUUGGUCGGCAGCAGAUGCAAUAUUGGCAAGCGAUGCCGGAUCCGACAAUCCUAUAUCUGGGAUGAUGUUACAAUCGGGUCCGACGUCAGCAUCGAGAACGCAAUAAUCGGCAGUGAGACUUUCAUUGGCGACAACUGCACGAUCGAAGAAGGCGCACUGAUCUCUUUUGGAGUCCAUCUGGUCGCAGGCACGAAUGUGCCUGCUGGCGUGAAGGUCACGAAAACCUCGAAUGGAGCAUCGGGGACCGAAAUUGGUGGUGGAGGAUAUGAGUAUCAGGACGAUGAGGACGACGAGGACGAUCUCGAUGCGGCUCCCGGCCUUGUAUACAUGCACCGGAGGGCGGCUGAUUCGGUCUCAACGCUUGGCUCAGAUAUCUCGGAACCAGAGUCACCCAUUGACAAUAGUCGGAGCCAGAGCUUCGCAACGACCCAGUCAGACGAGGACAGCACAGAUCGAUUCCAGCACGACACUGUUGCCAUUCUCUUGCAACGUAUGCAGGAAGGGCACAAAGUGGACGAUAUGCAGUCUGAACUCAUGGGUCUCAGAUUCAGUGGCUCGGCCGAUGAGGUCAGUGUUCGAAAGGCUGUCGCAGCCGCCAUAUCGAGGAGAAUACACUCGCAGGUGGAAGAAGGGAGAUCCGCAACGGAGGCGGCCCACGAGACAAUUAACACAUAUCAAUACCUGAUACGCAGAGAACGUGUUGAGCAGUCCACUGCCGAGCAAGUGGAAUUCCUUCUCGAAGUUCAACGAACUCUGUCCCGUCGCAAUCAGGGUGGCAAGGUGUUCGGUGCCAUAGCGAUCGAGCUAUACAAUCUAGACAUUGCGGAGGAGGAUGCUAUCAUGCUGUGGUGGAAUGACAAGCAAUCUCAAAAGAAUGAAGAGAUGGCUGGCGUUAGAGAGCUGACCAAGCCUCUCAUUGACCGUCUAGAAGAAAGUGACAGUGAAAGUGAGGAGGACGAGGACGAGGAGGAGUAG